AUGUAAAAAGCAAUCAUGUUAAUCUCGAUCUGCUUCCUUGCUUUGUAUGCCUUUGAAACCAAGGCUUUGGAGAAGGAUGAAGUUGACAUUGCAAAACUUAAUGCCCUAUUUGGUACAAACUAUUAAGGAGAGAUAUAUUCCGGUUAUCUUAGUGCAAAUGAUAAUGGAUCAGUCUAGUUUCAUUACCUUUUUUAUCCAGCUAUAGAUUCUGCUUCUGAAAAGCCUUUGAUACUAUGGUUACUUGGAGGGCCAGGAUGUUCAUCAAUGAUUGCAGCAUUCACAGAAAGUGGCCCUUACACGUUCAUUUCAGAGUCUAUUGAAUUUGAAGAGAAUCCUCAUACUUGGACAGCAUUUGCUAAUCUGCUUUACAUUGAAUCUCCAAUAUCGGUUGGAUAUUCUUAUGGCCCAGCUGGAGCAUAAUCUGACGAGUCAACUGCUGCAUACAAUAUGCAUGCAUUGAUUGAGUUUUUCGUUCGACAUCCAAAUUUCAAAAAUUAAAAAUUCUAUAUUGGUGGUGAAUCAUACGCUGGCAUAUAUGUGCCAACCUUAACCCAGGAGAUUAUAAAAUAUAAUAAAUAACCUGUUAAUCCUGAAGUCUUAAGAAUAAACAUUUAAGGUAUAAUAAUUGGAAAUGGUUGCACUGAUCCUAGCGAGUGUACUUAAUUAGGAUAUCUUUUUCCAAGGCAUAGAUUAGACUUUUAUGGAAGACAUGGCUUCAUUAGUGAAGAAACUUAUUAAAAAAUAAUUAAUCAUACAGAAGAAUGCUAUGGCUCUGAGACACCAGAAUGUUAAGCCAUAGCUUAUGAAGCUUUAGCUUAAAUUGCUGGACCUUAAUAUUCCUAUAAUUUGAACUAAUACAAUGUUUAUUCGAAAUGCAUUACUUAUACUCCCGAGGGAAGUAAAAGAAUGAAAAGUCCCCUUCGAGUUUCAGAUGAAGAAAAGGAGGAUUCUGAUGUGCCCCCAUGUGUGGAUGUAAAAGGCCUGUAUCAUUGGUUUUAGAAGGAUGAAGUUCGAACUUUACUUAAUAUAGUCUAAUAAUCACCAAAAUGGGUUGCUUGCUCAGUUAAUUUCUAAGAUUAUCAAAUAAACCCAAAUGGAUCAUUAGACAUUUAUCCCACUAUCAUCAAAAAUAAUAUCAGAGUUCUUAUUCUAAGUGGAGAUGUAGAUGGAGUGGUUCCAAUUGCUGGUACUCUGUAUUGGAUAGAUAAACUUCAAAACUCACUAUAGUUGAAUACAAUAAAACCAUGGAGACCUUGGUAUAUCCCUGCAUUGAGAGAAGUUGAUAAAGAUUAGAAUGCAGGAAAUGUGUUUGAUAUUGAAGGAUUGACCUUUGUUAGCUUCAGAAAUGCAGGUCAUGAAGUACCUGCUGAUCAUAGAAUGGAAUCUAAGAUAGUCUUAGAGAAAUUCUUAAGAUAGGAAUAUUUAUGA